AUGCGGCAGGCGCGAGUUCAGGCUGACCUCGGCGACUUCUACGAUGGCCUCGUAUAUUUCUCCGCCGCGUUCUCUACACCACGGCUACUUAUCGCCCGCAAGCGCAAGUCGCCUACAGCAGCUCAAGGGUUUGGCUACGAUCUAUGUGGCGCCGACGCUGAAUACGAGCAGUCCCCUUUUGGGUUGGCCGGGUCGGGUGCACCUCCAGCGACUACAGCAUCAGCCACGUUCCAAGCUUCGACUGGCCAGAACGCGAGCUUUGGUUUCUAUAGGCUGUACGAGCACGUCGCACAGCGUAUCGGACCCGAGCCUCCUAUUCAGGAUGCGACGAGCGCCGUGCGCAGUACGGUGUUCACCGACCUAUUCGACUUGGCGUAGACCCCGGCGGAGCUCGAGAAUGUCACCCAGCUCUUCGCAUCCUUCUGGACAGGAAAGCACGUGCUGCACGCGUACCAGGGCGAGAACGUCGUUCGCCGCUGCUGCAAACUUGGCUCACUCACCAUCUGCAUCUUCGGCGACCGCCCAUCCCACGGUGUUUCACAUCUUCUCGCUCCGGACACCCGUUCCCGCUACGGACAUCGUAAACAUGAACCGCCCUCUAACGCGUCUCCGCCCUGCCGGCUAUCGCCUCCAACUUCCCCUCCUCGUGGUCUCCGCGUGCUACGAAGCCGCAAGCAUGCACGCGUGUGCGAUUGCCGCCCCUCUAUUUUCACGUUUGUGGGAGCUGGUGGCGGAGACAGAACCAAAGUUGCCUGAUGCGGCGAGUGUGGAUUUAUGGAUAGUCGAGGCGAGCUAUGUGGAGCCGAUACAAACGGGAUUACAACUCGUUGCGAAACCGGACGCGACCCUAUUUCUGUCCCUAUAA